ACCCUUGGCUUUCUCUCUCUCAUCUCCCGAAUAGCCCUUCCUUUCCCUUCCCCGAGAAGCCGGCAGCAACAAUCACCAGCCAUCACUCUGCGCCCCUGCACUACUGCACCCCCCCUGCUUGCUACGCUGAGCCUGCACCCUGUUGCGCCCCUGCUUGCUGUUCUCGAGCCUGCACCCUGCUAUGCCCCCCCCUUUAUGUAGAAACAGAUCCUGGCCCCACACCUAGAAGCCCCGAACAAGAGACAAGGUCAGAGGCUUAGUCCUUUACUUUUCUCUACAAAAACCAGAGGUCGUCAGAGGCAUGAAGGGAUCAAUCUUGGCCCUUUUAGAUCUAUGGUAGGAAGAAAAAGAGGAAGAUCGAAGGGCUCCCAGUAGAUCGAGGGUUUUUAUUUUUGUUUCAUUUGUUGGGUAUAUAUAUAGAGCAAAAAUCAGAGUAAAAAGGGGGGAGUUUUCGGAAAGAGGCGUUUUCUGCUGGGUGACAAUGGCUGGAGGAGGAGACAUUGUUGAGUUUCAAGAAGUGUGCCCUUUUCUAGAUUUGUUUCUUUACGUAAUUUUCUCAUCAGAGAAGGUUCUUGAGAAAGGUGGUGAGGGGGAGGGUUGGAGCUUGAUCCCGUGGGUGGGAUCCCUCCGCCCCGAUUCUGAUCUGUCUUCUUCAAAAACCUUUGCCAUGCUUGUUUUUAUUUUUUGGGGUUCUCUUGACGUGCUGUAAGUGUAUUUGGGAGUGAUCUUGUGAAUGAAAAAUCAAAAAAAAAUUGUCCAGUUCAUUGUGUCUGUUAAAUGUGUUUUUUUUUUUGUUGAUGAAUGUGAUUUUUUAUGAUGAAUGUGCUCUUUCUUUUGAAAUUGAUGAACCCUAAUUGUAAGUUUUAUUUUUUUAUGUUUGAUCUGUUUUUGUUUACUUUGAGCAGUGGCUUGUGUUUCUAGGUUGGAUCAACCAUGCCGAAUCGAAUAGAUUCAUAUAUAUAAACUAAAAAAGGUAUAAAAAAUCCUAAAAAAA